UCUUGGAAACUCUCUCUCCGCCGCGAAUCGCAAUGCAGCUCCACUACGCCGCCGCCACCCUCAUAUCCCUCGCCCUCCUCCUCCUCCUCCCCUCCACCACCAAUGCCCAAAACAUCACCCGCAUCCUCGCUAAACACCCCGAAUUCUCCACCUUCAACCACUACCUAACCGUGACUCUCCUCGCCCCGGAGAUCAACCGCCGCAAAACAAUCACCGUGUGCGCCGUCGACAACGCCGCCAUGGACAGCCUCCUCUCAAAGCAACUCACCCUGGGCGCCAUAAAAAACGUCCUCUCCCUCCACGUCCUCCUCGACUACUUCGACGCCAAGAAGCUCCACCAAAUCACCGACGGCGCCGCCCUCGCCGCCACCAUCUUCCAGUCCACCGGCACCGCCCCCGGCUCCUCCGGCUUCGUCCAGAUCACCGUCCUCAAGGGCGGCAAGGUCGGCCUCUCCCCUCAGGACGCCGCCAACACCACCGCCGCCACCUUCGUCAAAUCCGUCGAGGCCGCGCCCUACAACCUAUCCGUGAUCCAGAUCUCUGCCGUGCUUCCCUCGCCCGCAGCAGAGGCCCCCGCCCCUGCUCCGAGCGAGGUCAACCUCACCUCCGCCCUGUCCGCCCGCGGCUGCAAGGCCUUUGCAGCCGCGCUGACCGACAACAUAGCGGCGGAGGAGACUUUUAAAGGGAAUGUGGAGAGCGGAUUGACCGUCUUCUGCCCCGGCGACGCCGCGAUGAAGAGCUUCAUGCCCAAAUUCAAAAACCUAACAGCGGAAGGGAAGCAGUCGUUGCUUGAGUAUCACGGAAUGCCGGUCUACGAGUCGCUAUCCGGUUUGAGAUCCAGCAAUGGGGCGGCGAACACGCUGGCAACCGACGGAUCGAAGCGGUUCAGCAUCACGGUGCAGAACGACGGCAAUGAAGUCACCGUCAAGACGCCGAUCGUCACGGCGAAGAUCGUCUCCACCGUUUUCGAUAAGGAUCCGUUGUCGAUUUUCCAAUUGGAUAAGGUUUUGUUGCCGUCGGAGCUGUUCAAGUCGGAUCUGGCGCCUUCUCCGGCUCCGGAAGGAGGUCAUCAUGCCAAGGCGCCGAAGCCGUCGAGUAGAGACGAAUCGCCGCCGGCACCGGCGGGUCCGGCUGACUCACCGGUGGAUGGACCCGACGGAGAUGCGGCGGAUCAGGAUCAGCAUUCCGAUGGCGGUGCGCCUAGAUUUGUCGGUUAUGGUGUGAUUUUUAGUCUUGGGUUUGCGCUGCUACAGUUGUGAGCUUUUAUUUAUUUUUCUUUUUUUAUUUGUUUUGGUUUUCAGUUUCGUUUUGCCAAUUUAGAUGUGCUUUUUUUUUUCAAUUUUUAUUAAGGCCUAGAAAGUUGACAAGGAUGCGUUACAUUUAGG